AUGAAGCUCUCUUCUUUGUUCAAAGUAGUCUCCAAAGAGAUUAUCAAACCAUCUUCACCAACACCAACCAAUCUUCACCAUUAUCGGCUUUCCUUUUUCGACCAAAUAAUGCCUCCCAUGUAUAUUUCAUCUGUCUACCUCUACGAAAAGAAUGAUGCAUACUCAAAAUUCAACAUUAACAGUUCUGCCAAAUCUAGUGCACUCAAGCAAUCAUUGUCUAACAUCUUAAAGCAUUACUACCCUUUAGCUGGUCGCCUUAAAGACAACAAUCUUAGUGUAGACUGCGACGAUGAAGGCGUCUUGUAUAGCGAGGCUGAAGUCAAGUGCCAACUUUCAGAUAUUGUUGCAGAGCCAAAUCCUACAGAGAUGAAGAAAUUUCUUCCAUGUGAUAAUGAUGACACACACCAUUUACCCUUUGCAGUUCAAGUCAACCACUUCACUUGUGGUGGUAUUGCUAUUGGCGCAUGCAUUUCCCACAAGAUUGCCGAUGGCUCAUCCUUUAUCCACUUUAUGAAAAAUUGGGCCGCCACAGCUCGAGGCGAAAGUGAUGUUAUAUAUCCACAAUUCCAAUCGUCCACUCUGUGCCCACCUGCGACUAAUUUAUCUGGAUUUGACCCAACAUAUGUUAUGCCAAAAGAGAAGCUUGUAUUAAAGAGGUUUGUGUUUAGUUCUGCUUCAGUAGAGGCUCUUAAAGCAAAAUAUGUAGAAAGUUCAGCUGGCUUAGAAUUAUACCCAAGCCGUGUUGAUGCCUUGUCAACUUUUAUAUGGAGUCGAUAUGCAACCACAAUUGAUCAAGUAAAGUCUGAGUCUGAAAAACUGCACAUAAUUCUUUAUGCAGUGAAUUUACGGAGGAGGUUGAAUCCUCCAUUACCUGACUGCACUUUUGGAAAUUUAUUCCGACUCAUACCAGCCAUUGUGUCUAAAGAAACCAGCCAGGAAGAUUGGUAUGGAAUUGUGCGCAAGUUGAGAGAUGCAAAAAGAAAACUCGACAAUUUUGACAGGAAAAAUCUACAGAAGAGUAGUGAACAGUUGGAUCUUGUCAAAGAGUUUAGUGGAAAACUCAUGGCACCAGAUACAGUUGUCUCAACUUUCUCAGGAUUGUGUGGGUUUCCCAGAUAUGACGUUGACUUUGGGUGGGGAAAACCUUUGUGGAUUGGUCGGGUUAGCUUGCCAUACAAGAAUCUAAUCACGUUGACAGACACCAAAUUUGGGGAUGGAAUAGAGGCGUGGAUAAACUUGAACGAGGAAGAAAUGGUCAAAUUUGAAAGAGACAAGGAGCUCCUUUCGUAUGCUAGAAUAUGA